AAGAUUUUAUUUUUAAUUGAAAGGAUAUUAUAAAUGAAAUUUAUGAGAAAUCCAAAUGCCUUAUAAUAAGGAUCGAAGGGUGUGAACAUGGAGAUUGUCAGAUGAAAGUUGGAAUUUUUUUACAGUAUUUCAUCUUCCUGGGAACUAGGAAGAGGUCUACGUCAAUGAUGAUGAGUGAUUCUCAGCCGCCCAAUGGGACUAGCAAGUAAUCAACUCAUGAGGAUUUUACUAACGUUAAUCUCACAAGAACCAUUAGUUCCACUGGGACUGAAGUUCCAUAUUUAAUCCCAAUUCGGACAAAGAUUUCUUGAGCAGAGUUUACUAAGUAUCCAAAAGAGAUGGCUGGUCCACAGUGUUGUUCUAACCCACCAGACUUAAGCUCCAGUUCUGGAGCAGGCUUUGUGGAAGAAAUUGGAAGCCUCAAAUGUUACAUUACAGGCUCUGCUGAUUCCAAGACUGCUGUUUUGUUUGCCUCUGAUAUCUUUGGGUAUGAAGCUCCAAAAUUGAGAAAGCUUGCAGACAAAGUUGCAGGCUUGGGGUUCUUUGUUGUAGUUCCAGAUUUUCACCAGGGUGAUUACGUGGAUUGGGGAGUGACAGAUUUGCAGGAGUGGCUGAAGAUACAUACACCAGAGCAAGGAUUCGAGCAUGCGAAGCCGAUUAUUGAAGCUCUAAAAGACAAAGGCAUUGCGAAAGUUGGUGCUGUGGGCUUUUGUUGGGGAGCAAAAGUGGCCGUGGAAUUAGCGAAGCAUCCCUACAUUGAUGCUGCAGUCAUGAUUCACCCUUCCUUUGUCACUGUGGAAGAUGUUCAAGCUGUUAAAGUUCCAAUUUCAAUAUUGGGAGCUGAGAUAGACCACAUGUGCCCAAAAGAACUGGUGAAAACAUUUGAGGAAGUGCUGACUACUAAGCCUGAGGUUGACAGCUUCGUUAAGAUAUUUCCUGGUGUUGCUCAUGGAUGGGCUGUGAGGUAUAAGGAUGAAGAUGAGAAUGAGGUGAAGCUUGCUCUAGAGGCACACCAGGAUAUGAUGAAUUGGUGUGUUAAGUACCUCAAGUAAGUUGUUCACUGAGGAAGAAAAAACGGGGCUUCUUUAUAGUUUGUUUACAAUGUACCAGAUUUGCUCUAUGAAGAAAUUGUACCUAACUUCAUCAUUAUGUUAUAGCUUAAACCUUAAAAGGUUUUGCACUUCUCCCAUGAGACUGAUGAAGGUUUCACUUUCUAGGAUCUUUCUUUAUUUUGUUUGUUUUAAGAUUUCUUCUUGUACUUCUAUCACAAAACGGUUGCUGUUCGAAUCUCUGUUAUUAAAUACAAUUUUCUCAUCAUUAAUGAACCAUCAUAAUUUG